AUGGCGACGCUAACCGAGACCGCGCCCAAUAGGUUCCAACGUCAUAUCGCCUUCGACAACGUCCCCGCAGGCGAGCCCACUAAGAAUAAUGCCAUCUCCUUGACUCUCAAUGUCCGACACAAGGGCUACCAACCACGCCGAAGGUCGCGCACCUUCAUGGUUGGCGUCGACGAACAUGCCUAUUCCGACUACGCCCUACAGUGGCUUCUCGAAGAGCUUGUUGAUGAUGGCGACGAGAUCGUGUGCGUCCGAGUAAUCGAGAAGGAAAUUCGCUUCUCCGAUAAACAAUACCAAGAGGAUGCUCAAUCUGUCAUGCACGGCAUCCUGGAGCGCAACGGCUCUAACCGCGCUGUUAGCAUUGUCCUCGAAUAUGCUGUUGGUAAACUUCACGCCACAUUCCAAAAAUUGAUCCAAAUGUACCAGCCCGCGAUGCUCAUCGUCGGAACCAGAGGUCGCUCUCUCGGAGGUCUUCAGGGCCUGGUCAACACCCGCAACUCCUUCUCCAAGUAUUGCCUCCAGUACUCUCCUGUACCAGUUGUCGUAGUCCGACCGACAGAGAAGCGCAUGAAGAAGAAGACGAAGCGAGCCAAUGACUCGACUCGGCAGACAUAUAUCAGCAUGUUGGCCGCGACCCAUGGUAAGCACGAGGCCGACAGCGAAGCCAGCAGCACAUAUGAGCUUGAGAUCCACAACUCCCCUGACGAGGAGGCACACCAAGUUGCACGCGUUCUUGGCCUUCCUGCCGCCUUUGACCCUACGAUCAAGCCUAUCAGCCCUGGUCUACGACCCUUUAUUCGAUCUCCCGGACCUGCUAGCAUUAAUGAGGCCCCGGAGGAACAACCUGUCCUCAAGGACAAUAUUGCGGUUCCGGAGAGUGACGAUGAUGACGAUGACGACUCUGCCGAAUUCGAUGUGAUGACUGGCCAGCAAGCGCUGGAUAAGCAGAAACUGGAACAGUUGCACAAGAUGGAGGUUGGCGAAGCGGCUGCUUUUAAGAUGAAGGUCGAGGACGAAGAGGAUGACGAGGACGAAGGCUCUUUGGAGCAUAAAGCCACAUCAUAG